CUAGAAUAAUAGGUAGUAUAAAACACUCGCCCCCUACCUCCCUACCUCCUUCCCUGCUUUUGGGUACAUUCAAUGUAGAAUCAAUAUUCAAUGGUAAAAGGGACGGUCUGGUCUGUAUGCAAAGGGAAAAAAAGAAAUGAGUAAUGCUGAGCCUCCUCGCUGCUGGAUCGGUUAGUCUGUCUAUGGGCAUCUGUGCCUGUGUCUGCAUGCACGAGAGAGAGAGAGAGAGAUGGCUGACAAAGGCCAUCCUCAUUCACUUGUAUUAUUCACCUUGUCCCCCCCAUCCCCUCCACCCAUUGUCAUUAUCAUUGAUAUCACUCAAUUCCCCAAUUCAAGCAAGCAAGCAAGCAAAAAAGGCCUUGAAGCCGCACAAAAAGCUCGGCGCACUGGCCAACAGCCGGCCCCCCGUUCGCUGGUAGUAGAGUACCGUAGUUGAGAUAGUUGAAAUAUAACUGGAGACGCUGG